AUGGAGGAGUUCAUCGGGCCGCUCCGCUUCGACGAGCACAAGGCCUUCCUCCGAGUCGUCCACUCACGUGGCGGCGAUGCGCUGUACCUCGGCCCACUCUUGCCCCGAGCAAUCAAACGGUACCUCAAGCACUGGCUGCCGCUCGUCGCAAGCGAGGGCGACGGCGCCCGACUCAUCCCGCCCCUCGAUGUCGCCUGGGUGUGGCACCUGCACCGGCUCGCGCCUCGCCGCUAUGCUGUGUACUGCAACGAGCGCUUUGGACGGGUGCUCGAGCCGGCGGCAGCGGCCUUCAAGGCACAGAGCGCUGCGGACGAGGCCGAUGGCGAGACUCGCCGGCUGUGGGAGAAGCACUACGCCGACGAGCCCUUCUUCCAGCGCGGCGAGGGCGAGAGCAGCCCGGCGGAGUGGGGCCCUCGCGACCCGCUCUCGAACCAGACGACGCUCUGCGCCGAAAUCAAGACGGCGUGCGCUGCGGCUCGCAGCGAACACGGCUUCGACUACGACGUGGAGACCUGCUCCGCGCGCCAGCGCACCUUCCUCUGGCAGGUCUCGCAGCCGGCGUUCAGCGGCAGCGAGGGCUUUGCGGCCGCCGCUGGCGAACGGUACCUCCAGUUCCUGGGCCUGAUGAAGAAGCACGGGUGCGAGGAGCACUUCUUCGUGCCGUCGUACGACAUCGACUUUGCGUGGCACACGCACAUGCUCUCCAGCACCACCUGCUACCUCCGCGAGACCGAGGCUCUCGCCGACGCCCCCGGUGGCGUCGACCACGACGACUCGGUCAACCAGCGGCACGAGGACAGCAAGCUGCAUCUGGGCGCCGCGCACAACGCGCCUGCAGACACGCCCCACAGCUGGGCCGAGACGAAGGAGCUGUGGGCGAGUGAGCACGGCGAUGCGGCCGACCCGAUCGACCGGACCGGCGUCACGUACCGCGGCGAGCCGCCGGACUGGUGGUUUGAAGCCGACGGCAGCGACAUCUACCGCGUGCUCGACUGCUUCCUGUCGGAGGAGGAGGUGGCGAACGCGCUCGAGAAGCUGAGCUGCGAGGCGAACGUCCGGGGGCGAGCUCACAGCGGCUUCGACAUGGGUUGCCAGGUCAGCGGCGAUGUGAUGCGCCGCCUCAGAGAGCAGAUCGAUGCCGAGGGGGCGGUGGAAGGGCGAGAGCCGGCAGAGUUGGCGCAGCCGCCGGCGGGGCAGGAGCCGCAGCAGGAGGAGGAGCAGGAGCUGGUGGAGGUGCCUGCGAGGGUGUGCCCGGCCUCCAAGAGCGUUCCCCAGCACAAGGACAAGCCGGACGGCAAGGGCGCUGCGGUGGGCAGCUGGAUCUGUGUCGUCUAUCUCACCAACCAGCCAGGCAGCGCGCUCGUCCUCGUCGACGACGUGACCGGCCGCGAGUUUCGCGUCCCGGUUGUGGCGGGGCGCCUCUGCUGCUGGCCGAACGCCCGCUUCUCGCACCGCGUGGACGUGGACGCCGCGGAUGCCGAGCUGGCGAGCUUCCGGAGCAUGCUGGGACCCAUGGCCUUCAGCCACUCCCCUUCGAAGCAGAUCGGAACCGCGAGCGCAGCCGCCCUCGUCGGCACUUUUGCGCCGUCCGCCUACAGCGCCGUGUGGGAUACCGGGGGCAUAUCCUUCAUUCGCCGCCGCGGCAAUGUUCCGUACAUGCACGAGGCGGCCGUCUCGCAGGCGCUCUGGCAGCAGCUGCAGCAGCAGAUCGGUGAGCUCGAGGCGCGACUUGCCGCGAUCGCAGACCUGUCAGACUAUCCGAGUUGCAGCGCCUUUUGCUGCGGCGGCCCCUCCCUUGAUGCUUUCAAAGCGGUCGCCGCUCUCGUCAAGGCCACGCGCGACGUGCACGUGGCAGCAGUGAACGUGCAGCUCGCGGCGUUCGGCGUGCAGCUCUGCUUCGGCGGAGGCAACUCGGCGUACUACUUGCAGGCGGCUGCAAGUCUCGAGCAGGCGAUCCGCGAGGCCGAGCCGGCGCUGCAGCAAGCGCAGGCCGCAGAGGUUGCGGCUCGAGAGGGCCUCGCGCCGUUCGGCAUCGCCCCGCCCGCGGCCGGAUAUGUGGUGCAGGGCAUUGUCGCCGGAGGGGUCCUCGAGAUCUCUGUGCCGGAGGGGCUCUCGGGCGGCGAGUCGCUGCAGGUUCAGACGCCCGCCGGGCUGAUGUCGGUGCAGAUCCCGCCUGGCGCUGCCGCCGGCCAGUCCUUGCAGGUGCAGGCCCCGCUGCCGCCUCAAUCGGCGGCGCCCGUCACCGCGCAGCCCGUGGUGGCGCAGCCAGUGGCGCCGCCUGCAGGCCUGCAGAUGCAGCGGCACCCCGUCGUGGAGGGCGUGCCCGUCUAGUCCGAGGAGCGCCACCGUGGAGCGGCAUGUGCUGCCGCUUUCUGGGAGAGGGAGGCCCGAGAGAUGAUGUGCAUGCUUCUGUACGUUGUUGAGGUCUGAGUCAAUGCGCCUCACCGCGAGUACGCGAGGCGUGCGGACUGCGGUGUGAAGCUACGUGCGGACACUUUAGUCGCCGUCUCUGAGUCGUGUCCCCGUUGACAUUUUGUUUCAUGCAUAUUGUCGUAUACUC